AUGCUUCUCAAUACUGUAUUCCGUUACCAAAUGUCCUUGCUUAUGCAAGUUUUGGCAGAAGAAUUUUGCAUUUCUCCAGCUGAUGUUCUCGAUACUGUAACUGACGCAUGUUCCAUGAAUCCCUCCACAUCUCUUGACAUCGAAACCCCAAAGCCGAUCACAUCUCCCAGAAGAACUCUGCCAGAAGCUCCUCCAAGUUACUAUGAUUUUCCACCGAGUUACACAACAAACAGCGAGAUCUAUACAGAUGAAUUACCAGCAUAUUGUCCAAGAGAAUUUCCAGCGAGACCUUGUAUGCAAGAGCAGCAAAAUCCAUCUUCUUCACUUCCACGUCUUCCACCACAACGUGUUUUCACCGUACUUCCUCGACAAUCUUACGCAAUUCGAAUGCAAAGAACUCGCCGACCGGCUCCACCUCACAGACAUCAUCUGCGUCAACAACUUAAUAAAUUAUUCGGACUCGCUUUUAUCAUAAUUCUAGCAAUUGUUAUUCUAAUAUUAGCGGUUCUGAUGACCGUUUCUCUUGUUUGA